UCUCGCGAUGUUUGAUCCGACAUUUCGUGCAGAAACAUCCUGCAGAGAGAAGAGAGAAGAACCUCGCCAAUGACUUUAACCUCACUGUAAUAAUUGACAAAUUUCUCGGUUACAGUGUCCUGCAGAAAUCUUCUGUUACGCAGUGAAAGUAUACACACUGCUUAGUUGCAUUGGUUUUAGGGCUGUCGUUUAGCAGUCAGUAUGGCGGUAGUCAUCAGGCUGCAGGGUCUGCCCAUAGUGGCUGGCACCAUGGACAUCAGACACUUCUUCUCUGGUCUCACCAUUCCUGAUGGGGGAGUGCACAUCGUGGGGGGUGAACAUGGUGAAGCCUUCAUCGUGUUUGCCACUGAUGAGGAUGCUCGAUUAGGAAUGAUGCGGACAGGGGGGUCCAUCAAAGGCUCUAAGGUGUCACUGUUAUUAAGUAGCAAGACACAGAUGCAGAACAUGAUUGAACUCAGCCGUCGAAGAUUUGAGGCUGGGGCCGGAGCUGUGGAGAUGUCUGCACCUACAGCAGGAAAUGCUAACCAACAAGCAGGUGCAGCCUCCAUACCUGCAGUUCAGCCCGGAACAGUAGGGAGAUCUGGGGGCCAUGGAAGCCACGGGGGCCACGGAGGCCAUGGGACCCACGCAGGCCACGCAGGCCACGCUGGCCAUGCUGGCCAUGCUGGCCAUGCUGGCCACGCAGGCCACGCAGGCCACGCAGGCCAUGCCGGCCAUGCCGGCCAUGGAGGCCAUGGAGGCCAUGGAGGCCAAGGUUUCACAAACACUCAAGCCACCGUCACAGCAGCAAGCUCAUCUCAAGAACAGCCGAGCAUCAAGGCAACAUCUAGCUUGGCUAGCGUGGUGCCAAGCUUCCCCAACAGCUACAGCUCUACACCCGCAAUCACCACACCUCUGUCAUCACUCAAUACCGGUCCCCCACCCAUCCCUCCACUUCCCAACAUGUCUGCCAUGCCUCCUAUGCCCACACUGCCCACCAUUCCAGUUCCUCCUCCUGUGUCUUCCCUCCCCCCUGUCCCGACUGUCUCCCCAUUAUCUCAAGGGCCUCCGCCUAUGUCCCACCUCCCUCACAUGUCUUCCCUACCUCCCUUCAACCCCUCCCUUCCUCCCCCAGCAGGACUGGGCUCUGGCCUUCCUCUUGGAACACCCAAUCCCAUGCUGUUCAACCCUCUUUCCUCCCUGGCCUCAAUUGGUCUUCAAGCCCAUAUGAAGGCUGCCACUGUCGCAGCUACUGGGGCAGGAGCAGCUAAUCCUGAUGAGUUCUUUAUAUUCUUGCAGAACCUUCCAUUCUCUUGCUCGGAAAUGGAAGUCAGGGAUUUUUUUCGGGGUCUGGGUGUGGAUGGGGUUCGCCUGCUAAGGGAUGGGCACGGUCGGCCAAAUGGCAGGGCUAUGGUCAAGUUUUUCUCACCCCAAGACAGUUUUGAAGCUUUGAAGCGGGGGGGUGGUAUGAUGGGUCAAAGGUUUAUUGAAAUCACCCCAGGUUCUGAGCGUCAGUGGGCUAGCCUCGGUGAUAGUGGAAUAGGCCAUGCCCUUCACAAUAUCAGCAGAUCAAAUAACAGCAUGGACUCACAGGAUCAGCUGCACCGCCGUGGUAAUGCUGGGAUGGGAGGAAGAGAUGAGCGAGAACGGUCACGAUCUCCCCAUAGACAUGAGUACUGUGUCUAUCUAAAGGGUCUUCCUUAUGAGGCAGACAAAAAACAGAUUAAGGAGUUCUUUAAGAAUUUGACCAUUGUGGAAGAUAGUGUCUACAUUGCCUAUGGGCCAAAUGGGCGCGCUACAGGAGAGGGCUUUCUUGAGUUCAAGUCCGAGCAGGACUACAAGAGUGCCCUUGGAGCUCAUAUGCAAUAUAUGGGCUCCCGUUUCAUUCAGGUUCACCCAAUCAGCCGAAAGGGAAUGAUUGAAAAGGUCGACGCUAUCCGUAAGCGUGAUGUAGGACAGGGCGAUGGAAAAAACCAGGAUGGUUUAAAGGCUCCUAGAAAUUGUGCCCACAUAACCAACAUCCCUUACAAUAUCUCGAAAAAGGAUGUUCGUGCCUUCCUAGAAGGUGUUGGCAUCUAUGAGGACACUCUGAAAGUCCUGACUGAUACUCAUGGCAACGGUUUAGGACAAGCCAUCUUCCAAUUGCGAACUGAAGAAGAUGCCCGUAAAUCUGAAAGGCUGCACCGGCAAAAACUCAACGGCCGGGAUGCCUUCGUCCACCUGGUAACCUUUGAUCAGAUGAAAGAAAUUGAGAGGAAUCCUCCACCCCAAAACAAGAGAGGCCAACGUAACCAAAACCAACAGAACCAAAACCAGAAUCAGAACCAGCACCAACAAGCCCAGCCCAAUCCUCAGCAGCCCCAGAUCAAUCCUUUUGCUGGGAUUAGUGGAGAGGACUUUAACUUUCUCAGAAACACUAUGGGUAAUCUCAACAGUGCGCCCUUUGUGACUCCCUUCACAGCACCAGGAAAUGGGCUAGCAGGUCCUCCUCCUCUCCCUCCAUUGGCUGCAGGGCUCGGUGAGGUGAAUCUGGGCAUGGCUCCUCCAAUAGUUGCAGGAAUUCCUGGAGCACCGAUCAUGGAGCCUCCUGGGUUUCGACCUGGAGCUGCAGGAGGUGCUCCAUUUGGCCAGGAUGCACUGAGGGGCUUGGUGCCAUUUGACACUGCCAACAGGAAAGGGGGUGGAGGAGGCCAGAACCGAGGAGGGGCCAACAUAAAUCAGGGACGUCCAGGAGCCGGACCACCUACUGGACAGCAGGGAUUUACUCCAGGGGCGGAAGUUAUGCUCAACCCGCCGGCUCCGGGAGGACCCACCAAUCCCAGUAAUCAGCGAGGCGGCGCAGGCCCAACAAUUGUCAAGCUUCAAAAUAUGCCGUUCACUGUAACUGUGGAUGAGAUCAUGGACUUCUUCUAUGGAUACCAGGUGCUGCCUGGGUCCGUCUGCUUGCAGUACAGUGAAAAAGGUUUGCCUACUGGUGAGGCCAUGGUGGCUUUCCAGAGCCACGAGGAGGCCAGCGCUGCUGUCAUGGAUCUCAAUGAUCGACCCAUUGGAGCGCGCAAGGUUAAGAUAAGCCUGGGUUAAAGCUCUAACCAAAAGACACUGUAAGAUUUAUCAACAUUUCAGGUGAAGCAAAGGCAACUGAAACCACACCUGACGCUGAAAUGAACUUGACUGUCGAGCCCCAUUAACACCUUGUACUGUCAACUGAUUGUCAGUUAUAAAAACGUUUCCCUCUGUUUAUAGAUAUCAGCAGGUAAGCCCCAUCUUGCAGUCUGUCCAUUAAAGACUGUAGACUUGUCUUGGUUCUCUUCUCCAGCUGCUUAUCGGAUUUUGCUUGUACAGACUGAUGACGGUGAUUAUGAUGUGGACGUUAGCAGGAUUUGGACUCUUUCUUACCCUUUAUCAUGCAGUCACGCAGCCCUCUUUUCUUUGUUUGUUCCUUUUUGUUUUUCUCUUUUCCAAUUCUUGUCUACUUUGGGCUUGCAUACAUGACACCCCUGUUUUGUUGCUUUGGUAUCUCAAUGACUGUAAUGAUGCUGACAAAAAAAGUGUUGCUGUAUAUGCUUAAAUGUGCUCAGCUGCUGCGGUUUGAAGUUUUACUUGCUCUGUUUAUCUUAACAUGCUGUGUUGCUAUAGUAAAAUGAUGAACAGCCACAGUGUGUUGCUAUGAUAAAAUGUUUAUGUGAUAUCGUAAAACCUGAUGCAUUGUUCUUUACAUCCUCUGUUGCUGUGCAAAAUUAUGUUGCCAUGGUAAAAGAAAAAAAAAAAGGUAAAAUGCUGUUUUGCCAUGAUAAAGUUUGUGAUCUGUUGCCAUGGUGAAAUGUUGACAUGUCCCAUUCUUGUGGUAAAAUCAUACUGACUUUAAGUUCUGUAGUUUUGGUAAAGUAUUGACACAAUACUUGUCAUAUAGAUGAUAUGAGAUGGACAGAUUGGAGUAUCAAGUGUUUUGCAAGCUGGGGCUGCCGAAUUGUUUUCACAUUUUUUUAAAUGUUGCUAUUUUUGAACAAUACCACCCCCAGAUCUCCUCUUUCUUCCCCCUUGUAGCACAUGCUUUGUAGGUAAUUAGGACCGUGGAGUGCUGAGAUGAAGUCUUUAGUGUUUUUAGUUUGGUAGCAUUAUUUUGUAUGUAAGUUUCAUCAUGAUUUUGAAUUUUUCCACUUUAAUGCUCAGAUUUGUUUCUAAUGUUGGUGUGACUAAAGUUGUAUGAACGUAUAACCGUACAUGAUGUGGAGUCUCCUUUGCUUUGGCUAAUAAAAGGACGUUCCUCACCUGCGAA